AUGCAGAGAUUCAAAGCUCUGCUACCACGAACCAGAUUCUCAUCUCGCUCGCUCUGUUCUCAUCGUCGAGCUUUCUCCGCUCAACCAGAUUACGCUGAACGCAAUGACGACGACGAAGAUUCCCAAAACCAGAUUUUGGUUGAAGGAAGAGCAAAAUCGCGUACAGCUAUUCUCAACAGGCCAUCUUCUCUGAACGCGCUCACUACUUCAAUGGUUGCUAGGUUGAAGAGGCUUUAUGAUUCGUGGGAAGAAAACUCUGAUAUUGGAUUUGUUCUAAUGAAGGGUAGAGGCAGCGCUUUCUGUUCUGGUGCAGAUGUUGUUAGGCUGUAUCACUCGAUCAAUGAAGGAAAGACUGAAGAAGCUAAAGAGUUUUUUAAAACAUUAUAUUCAUUUGUAUAUCUUCAAGGGACAUAUCUUAAACCACAUGUUUCUAUUUUGAAUGGAAGGACAAUGGGUUGUGGAUCUGGAAUUUCUCUUCCAGGGAUGUUCCGUGUGGUGACUGAUAAAACUAUUUUUUCCCACCCAGAGGCUCAAAUAGGCUUUCACCCUGAUGCUGGAGCUUCUUACCUUUUGUCUCGUCUACCCGGCUACUUAGGGGAAUACUUGGCCCUUACAGGAGAUAAGCUUAAUGGUGUAGAAAUGAUUGCUUGCCGCCUAGCUACACAUUAUUCACUGAAUGCAAGGCUUGCUUGGCUUGAAGAACGCCUUGGUAAACUGGUCACAGACGAUCCAUCUAUUGUUGAGGCAUCCCUUUCACAAUAUGCUGAUCUCGUUUAUCCCGAGAGAAGCGGCAUCCUUCACAAGAUUGAUACUAUAGAUAGAUGUUUCAGUCAUGAUACAGUGGAGGAAAUCGUUGAAGCUUUGGAGAAAGAGGCAGCUGAUUCUUUAGAUCAAUGGUGUUUGACAACUCUCAAGAAACUAAAAGAAGCCUCCCCAUUGAGUUUGAAAGUUAUUUUACAAUCUAUUCGGGAAAGUAGAUUUGAAACGCUUGAUCAAUGUCUUGUACGCGAGUAUCGUGUAUCUGUUCGGGCAAUUUCCAAGCAGGUUUCCUCUGAUUUUAUUGAGGGUGUUCGAGCACGAAUGGUUGAUAAGGAUUUUGCACCCAAGUGGGAUCCACCUAGUUUAAAAGAUGUAUCAGAGAACAUGGUAGACCAUUAUUUCUCUCCUUUUGACGAAUUUGAGCCUGAACUGGUGCUGCCUACAGCAUUGAGAGAACCUUACAUGUGA